AUGUGUACGGACCAGAACCAGGAUCAAGGGCCCCAUCUUGAACAAAAGUUGAAUACUGAACUUUCAGAGCUCCGGGAAUGGGCCAAAACGAGGUUGAACAAGCAACUGGCGCUACACUACCAGAUGGUAGAACUUUACGAUCGGAAGUUGACAAAAUGCAACAUGUACAAAGAGGAAUUGGAAUGGAAUCGCACGGAAAACGCACGUUUUAAAUUCACUUCACAGUGCCUAAUGGACAAGAUCGAACAAUUGACUAGUAGUGAUGGCAAAAAAUCUUUGAUAGAGUUCGAAAAAAACGUAAACGAUCACGAUAAAAACAAAGAUACUGACGCCGAUCCGUUAACUGCAUACACGGAAAUGUGUACAAAAAAGUUGAUCGAAAAAGUAACUGAGUACAAGGAACAGGUCGAGAAGAUAUCCAUAGAGUUGGACAAUGUCAACGACCAGCUAGCCAACUCGGCAAAAACAGAAGAGGUGCUGCUGCGGUGCUUGGACAACUUGACGGUGUUGGCCGAAACGGAACGAAUGAGAAGGGACCGAGAAGAGUCGGAGUUGCGGAAGACGGUGAACCAGCUAACGGCCGAGCUAGAUAAGGUGCAGCAGGAAAAGGACCGAUUGCGGUCGGUUGAGGCCAAAAUUUCGGUUGAGAUGAUGCACCACGAGUCUGCGCAGGACGAAGCGAUGCGUACAGAAAACGCGCAGCUGCAGGCUAAAUUGGGAACGAGUGGAAUUGUGGUAGCUACGCUUCAGUCCAGGAUAUUCGAUCUAGAAAAGGAACUGGCCGAGCUAACGGACGUAGGGCACGUGCAACAGGAACAGAGUCAGAUCUCCGGCUUUGGCGGAGAGUUAAUAGACGGCGGCUCGUCUACGUCUAUGAUACUGUACCAAUGUAAUCUAUCUCGAACGGGCGACGAACACGUUGCCAGUUUUCUGGACCUAGGACGCGGUGAUGACCAAUCAAUACCGUGUUUAUUGUCGAUCAAAAGCUCCGGCACCGCUGCCGAAGACGUUCGACUGUCUUGUUCGCAGUCGACUGACGACGACCGCCAACCAUCGUAUUAUUCAGAGUCACCCAACGACGACCACCAACCAUCGUAUUCAGAGUCACCCAACGACGACCGACAACCUUCCACCGAUACAGCCUCUGAACCAUCAUCACUGGUGAAAUUGAAAAAUCGUCGUUUGGCUGACAUUAUAAAAAAAUAUGAGAGCAAGCACGAAGAAAUAAAAUGA